GUACAGCAUCAGACGAGUAGCCAGCCGUAGCAUCUCCUUGUCACUAUGCUGUUCUUACAGGUGCUCUCUGUGUAUUUCAUACAUGGACUCUGUUAUCAUGUAGUAACAGGGUUACAGAGCAACUGGGGACAGCAGUUUGUGAUUCCAUUUCUGUCUAACUUUGAGAAGAAAGGGACAGUUUACAUUAAAAUAGAGGCAAAGGUUGCUACAUCGGUAUAUGUUGACAUCCCUUGGGAAUCAAGAACAGACUCCUUCACAGUCCUGGCAUAUUCAGAACACAUUGUGGAGCUUCAGUGGAACAACAGAUACGAGGAAAAUCUAGCCGUUGUCACGAAAGCUGUGUUCAUUAACGCCACAGCACCAAUUACAGUUUACUCGCAUAGCUACGUGUCUAAUUCUGGAUCGGGAUUUCUGGCCAUUCCUGUCAAUGUCUUAGGUGACUAUUACAUUGCAGUAUCAUACACAAAGGCUACCUUUAAUACAUCCGUCGUCGUAGCCGCAGUUGAAGAUGCCACAGAGGUGGUCAUCCAUUACAGCACUCAUGGUGGCGUGUGUGGUCCUGAUGAUUACACAACGGGGGACAUAUCAAUACAUAUGCUAGACCGACUUGACGUCAUUGGUGUCCACUGCACCGAAGACCUCACUGGAACGUCAGUCACGAGUAACAGACCAAUCAGCGUUGUGUCAGGUAACGUUGGAGGAAAGGUUCCCGUCAGCGCCAAAGGAAACGAUGUAAUGGAGGAGAUGCUAAUCCCGGUAAAAGAUUUCGGGUUUGAGUAUGUUCUGACUAACACUGGAAGAGCAGAGAGUUCCAUCAACAGAAUAGUAGCGCUCGCAGACAACACAACGGUUAGUUCAAGUACAGGUGACGUGUAUCAUUUAAAUGCGUCUGACUUUAUUGACAUUGACACAGCCACACACGACGAGCAGUGCAUCAAUUCAUCUACUCCUGUAAUGGUUGUAGCCUUUGGGAAAGGCGUCACUGCUAGCAGUGACAGAAAAGGGGACCCUUCUAUGGCAGUGGUUCCACCAACAAGUAGUUUUUCGAACGAUUAUUUCAUUGCUUCCGGUCUGGGACAAGGCAUCCACGGAUACAUAGGUUCUGACUUUCUAACUGUGGUUGCAUCAUUAGACAAUAUUGGAACUUUGGAGACGAUGCUGUCAGCAACCCAUACUCCCCUGAAUAACAGUAAAUACGGCAUAAUACACACACAGAUAACAACAUGGCCUCUCCAACUGCUGACUGACAACACCACCAUCUUCGGUGCUACGCUGUAUUCGGUCUCAUCAAGGUAUCGGGGCGUCGCUUUGCCUUUAGGCAUGGUCUUUGAGCAGCAGAUAUGCUGGAGCAGCACGUGUCUGAACAACGGCAUCUGUCAUGAAGUGAAUGACUCUUUUGUCUGCGAAUGUUUAUUUGGCUUCACUGGAGAUAUCUGCCAACAUCAACCAGAAACUCCAACACUGACGUCAGUAAGUCCGGAGACAAGUGCCCCUUCUUUUGAGACAACCGAUACUUUUAUCACCACAAAUUCAGGGCUAGAUCUCACAGAAUUACCUUCCACAGAAGCAAUAAAUGCAGCGACCGGACUACAUAUGUCUUCGACAAAUGCGUAUGCAACAACGUCAAUAUCGGAAACGAUAACAACCUCUCUAAUGUCCCAAAUCUCACCAGUUGUAUCAACAAGUCCGAUCCAACAAGGAAUCUAUUCUGCAUCAUCAUCAGCAGCAAAUACAAUGUCAAUGACUUUGAACGUGGAUGGAGUAUCAGCAUCAACACUCCUGCAAGACACAAUCUUGACUGUAAUGCCACUGAUCCCCUCAUCUGUAUCAACAAGUCCGAUCCAAAAGGAUGUUUCUCAUGACUUACCUUCAAUAGUCACUACAUUAGGCGCUGAAUUCACAGCCUCAGGGGAAAUUAUGGCUAGUGUGUCCUUGAAGACUAACAAUCUCAAAGACUCUACUUCACGUGUAUGCGUCUGUCUCUGCAAGGGUGAUCGUCUCGAGGUUCUGGAUGAAGAAGCAGUGAAAGCGUUCACCGAAGAGAUCAAGGAAGAACUGAUACUGGACACCAAAACCUUGUCGAAAACUGUACGCAAAUACACUAGUGCCCCUGACGAAAGAAAAAGUGCCCAAAAUGUUGGCACACUUGGAAUAGUGUUACUGUCUUUUACGUUUGGGCUGAUGGUAAUACCAGAUGUUCUCAGCUGUUGCAAAGCCUUGCACCGAGCCUUUAAACGGUAGAAACAACUUAGUGCAAAUUUAUUUUCGAAGGCUCUAAAUUCGAUGAAAUAAUCCUCUAUUGUUUCUACCGGUUGGUUAACUACAUUUUAACCACGACUGACUGAAAAUGAAACUCUUUCAAACUGUAGCUAUCGUCUGGUAUUCUGAUGAAGCUUAAUGAACCCUGUGCAAAAGUGUUGAUAAGUUUCACAAGGUCCCCAAACGGCUCGUCAAGAGAAAAAUUACUCUAUUAUCAUUAUACGAUAUUUAUGUAGCGCACAUAUCCAGGCAACUAGUGAUUGGUACUCAUUUUAACACAGAAUAAUUUAUGAUAUGUUAUGAUAUCAGCAGCAGUCCGCAUACAACAGAAACUACAACUAUACUAUUACCAUUGAAAACUGUGAUAUAGAUUUGUUGAAAACUUGAAGUGAUAAUAGAAGAUGUUUGAUUGACUCUCGAAUAUCUCCUUCAACGACCGGACUGUGGCUGUGUGCUGUGAUGCACACGUAAAAUCAUACACAACCGCCCAGAUGGAAAUAAUUCACUAAGACACUGCAAGCAUGUACUUCAAGUUCAUCAAUCGACUUUAAAUGUUAUGUUUUUUUCAGGAGAACAUCCACUAGAAAGUAUCCUAAUGAUAGGAUGAUUUUGUAUUGGAAUGAUAUUUUACUUUUUCCAAAUUUUCCGUUGAAUGUCGUGCAUCAAAUCAUGUAUACGAUGCAAUCAAUGUACUUGUAGUUAUAAUGUUUCACCCUCCAAUCCUAUUGAAGCUCUACUAUAAUGCAUGCGGUUAAAGUAUGUAUGGCAAUCACAAUCGUUCACUAGCAUCCAUUGUCUGAAGCAUAAAGUUCUGACGGAAACGCAUUAGGUGAUAGAUGACCUCCUCUUCAAAACGUGUCUUUAUGUUGGUUUUAAGCCUUCACAUGUCUUUGAACCAUACUUGCCGAAAACCUCAGUCUAAGCUGACAGUCGUACCCCUAAUGAAACUGGGCCCGUAUUCUCGAAACGUUCGUAUCCUUAAGAAUUCUCAACUUUGAUCGUAGCCAAUGUGUUAAGAAUGGGCUUAAGACGUUCGCAGGGCUACGAACGUUACGUGAAAAAGGGCCGAGUUCAACGUCACAUGCCGACAAUUAAUCAAAUUGGAGUGUAAUGAGUCAUCUGAGCAACCACAGUCACAGUACUGCCAACAAACGUCGAACCGUUUCAACCUGAGUUAAGGACUGUUCAUAAUUUAAGGCUGGAAGGGGUAGUGUGUGUGUGUGAAUGUGUGUGUGUGUGUGUGUGUGUGUUUGUGGUGAAUUCAAUGCGUAUGACGCCCCACUAAAAUUUAUGUAUAAAGUGAGUGCCCCCCCCCCCCAUGUACAAAUU